UAUGAGGUGGUGGCUAUCCUACUGCAGCUGGCUGCAUCAGAUGUGCCAGGCCUGCCCUCUAGCUCCCAACACCAUCUGCCUGAUCUAAGCUUUGCCAUGUUGUUGUCACUGCUGGGUGCCUGUGCUGUGGUGGGGCCAUUCCAUGGCCCUGAGUGGGAGCCAGUGCAGGGCCUGCUCUCCCAGAAUCACAGCUGCAGGGACCCUCAGUGCUGUGGCAACCUGCUUGUCCUCUGCCUCUUUCUGGUCUGGCAGGUCCGGCACUGUUGGCACCAGGUCACCAGGACCCGCUUCAGCACAAGGAAUGUCAUCAAGGUGCCACUGCAGAAGCGGGGAGUGCCCUCCAUGAGGUGCGAAACUGUCUUCAAGCUGACUCCUGAAUUCUUCAGUCCUGGAAAGUCCAGGGGCCUAGAUUCUCAACAAUGCGCACAAAGGCAGAGAUGGGGAUACCGAAGGAGCCUCCAGGAAUCAUGGGCCCAGAACCUGCUCUCUCCACAGCACCCAUGUACAGGCCCACCUUCAGGUGUCCACACCCACUCUGAGCCCAUCUUUUGUACCACCUCCAUUUCAAACACCUGUUUACUGCCUCAGAACAGUUCCUGGAAAGCAUGGCAGGUGCCUUGGUGUCUCCAUGAUGGUCAGACUCGCCCUGCCUUGGACAUGUGUCAAGAGAUGGAGCAGCUGCUGCUUCACUCACAGGAAAGGUUGGUGUCACUGGAGCCUGUCAUCAGUGUGAGGUCUCGCCCCACCUCCAUGACCUUAACCACCUCUCUUCCAAACUUACUUUCAGCUCAGAGGCUGAAAUUCUGCCCCAGAGAGCUCCUGCCUGAUCCUUCCCACCAAACACUGAGAAUGUGCACUUGGAAGUCUUGGCACUGUCGACCAGAGGUCUGGGAACCAGGGGGUAAAAACCAGACAGCAGGCAGAGAGGAUAGUAGAGAGACCCAGGCUCCAAGGUGGGUGAACCAGACAGGGAGCAGACGGGAGGAUGCUUCAGAAAUCCAGGCAUCUGGGGAGCAGUUCCCAGUAGACUUUGGAAUGGAGGGUGAUGCAGAGACUAACGUGUUGGAGUGUGCAAACCAGAGACUAGUAAUAAGUGAAACUGAUGGCGAGAUCUUGACACCAGGGUGGGACACCCAGGACCGGAUGGGAGUUGAGAGUAGAACCAACAUUCAGGAACUAGGGAAUAGAAACCAGAGGGAGGCUGGAGGUGAGAAUCUCCCUGAAACCCAGGCACAUAUGGGAGAGAACCAAGAACAGUUAAGAUGUAAAAUUGAUGCAGAGACCCAAACACCUGAGUGGGAGAACCAGGAUAAGAAUGGAAGUGAGGAUGCUGUGGAGACCCAGACAUUUGAGAGGAAGGACAAGAAAGAGGCUGGAGAGGAGGAUGGGGAAGAGAUCCAGGCUCAAGAAUUGGGGAAGCAAGGCCAGACUGGAGAUGAGAAUGGUGAGGAGACCCAGACACCACAGUGGGAGAAACAAGAUCAGAUGAAAGGUGAUGCGGAUGUGGAAAUUCAGAUGGAAGAGGGGAGAAACAAGGAUCAGGUUGGAGGUCAGGAUGCUGCACAAACCCAAUCAUGUGGGAGGGAGAACGUGGGAGAAGUAAAAAAGGAGAAUAAUGUAGAGACCCAGGCCUUGGAUUGGGGAAAACAGGAAUGUGUUGGAAAUGGGAAUGUUACAGAGAUCCAGACACCAAGGUGGGAGAAGCAUGAUCAAGGUGGAAGUAAGAAAACUAAGAAGACCUAAGCAUCUGGGAGAGAGAACCAGAAACAAUUAAGUCAUGAAAUUCAAGUGAGGUGGGGAAAUAAGGGCCUGAGAAGAGAUGAAGAUGCUAAGUAAACCCAGAUAGCUACCAAGAAGAAGCUCAGGGAGAUAAGAGAGAAGGAUUGGGUGGUGAUCCAGGCACUAUGGUGGGGAAACCGGAGACAAGUAGCAAGUGAAAUUUAUAGAGAAUUUGAGAUACUAUGUUGGGAGAAUCAGAACUGGAUUGGAGGUGAACAUAGAGCAGAAAUUCAGGCAUCAGAGAAGAGAGACCAAAGAAAGGAUGGAUGUGAGGAUGGCACAAAUAUCCUGGCACCCGAGGCUGAGAUCCAGGAACAAUUAAAAGGUGAAACUGAUGUGGACACUCAGAGCAAUGAGCCACUUAGAGAAGAGGAUGGUACAGACAUUCAGUCACUAGGGAGGAGAGAGGUUAAAGGUGAGGAUGAUAAAGACACCCAGGAACUUGGGGGGAAAAAUCAGGGUCAGUUAGGAAAUGAAUUUAGUGGAAAGAUUCACAUACCAAAGGGGAAGAAUCAGGAACAUAUUAGAGGCGAAGAUAGUGCACAUACCCAGACAUCUGAGUCAGGGAACUGGGGCAAAUUAACAAGUCAAAUUGACGGAGAAAUGCAUUCAGUAGAAUGGAAGAAAGAUCAGCAGAUUGGAGGUGAGAAUGGGGCAGAAAUUCAGAUACAAGGGAAGAGAAACCUGAGAGAAGUUGGAGGUGAGGACGGUGUAAAGACCUGGGCACCUGGGAAAGAAACCCAGAGUCAGUUUAGAAGUGAUCUUGGUAGAAAGAUCCUUUUAUCAGAGUGGAAGAGCCAGAAGCAGAUGGGAAGUGAGAAUGGAACAGAAAUUCAGGCUCCAGUGGAGAGAAACCAGAGAGAACCUGGAGGUGAGGACGGUGUAAAGACUCAGAGACCUAAGAGAGAGAACGACGACCAGUUAGAUAGUGAAAUUGGAGGGAGCCAUUCACCAGGGAGGAGGAACUGGGAGCUGAUUGGAAAGGAUGUUGCAGAAAAUCAGGCAUCAGAGAAGAGAAACCAGAGAGAGGUUGGAAACGACGGUAGAAUGAUCUGGAGGCUUAGGGGAAAACUGGAGGCUUACAGCAAAGAACCAGAGACUGUUAAAAAGUAAAGAUAAUGGAAAGACCUGUUUAUCAGAGUGGAAGAACCAGGAACAGGGUGGAGGUGGGAAUGAUGAAGAAAUUCAAAUACAGGGGAAGAGAAACCUGAGAGGGACCACAGGUGAUGAUGGUACAGAGACCCAGGCUCCUGCAGGAGAUGACCAGGGACAGUUAAGAGUUGAAAUUGAUGAAGAGAUCCAGGUACAAGGGCAAGGAAAUAAGAAUGAGGGUGGAGUUGAGGAUGUUGCAGAACUCCAGGAUAUAGGAAGCCAGAGAAAGUGCACACAUGAGGAUGUUGGAGAGCCUCUAGCACCAAGGGAAGGAAACAAGGAUCUGGUCAGAGGAGAGGAUGCUGUGAGGGACAGUCUCCAAGUCGACUGUUCUGGGAGUGAGAGGCCCACAGGCAGGAAGCACAGCCUACUAUGGCCUCCAGCCUUCACUGGCUAUGGAUGUGGGACCCGGGAACAGGAACAGGCAGUGGCUGUGAAUGGUUUCAUCUCUGCCCCCUGUCCUGAGAUGAAUCCUGUCCCCCACUGGGGUGAAGUCUUCCUGCUGGUGGGUGGGGAGGGAGAGCAUCUGGCCAGCCAGGGCACAACCCCUGCCAGGGAUCAUAGAGUGGGGAUCAGUCCAGCCUCCCAGCAGGCCCAACCUGAAUCCUGGAGAAGACGACAAAGGGACAAAGGGGUGGAUCCAGAGAAGGCCCCCAGCCUGACUCGGCAGUCCCAAAACCCUCCGUCUCUGACUGCUCCCUUGGGCAUGCCCUCUGCCUGCCCCUGUCUCCCGUGUGGCCCAGCCCCGGAAGCUGCCAUCAUUCUAGCGGGUCCUCCCACCGCCCUCACUGUCCUGCCCAAGGGGACAGGCCUCAAGAAGAGCAAACGACUGCUCCUGGAGUCCCUCAUGCGGAGGAGGAUUGCACACCUGAAGUGGGGUCUUCCCUGGCGGAUCCUGGAGUCCUAUUUCCUAUUUAACUUCUUAGGAUCUUGCUCAUUGACCCUUGCUGGGGCGAGGCUCUCUGGACUGAACACAGGCCAGGAGCUCCAAGCCCAGCAGGAAAGGUAUUGUGAGGCCCAAGGCUCCCCACCAGGCCUUAAGUCCCCGGAGAGGUUCCAGAGGGUUCAGCGCCCAGACAGAAAAAGCUCGAAACUUCCUAUACAAGCCAGAGCUCUGGAGAGGAACAGACCGCACAUGUCAGAGCCCAUAAGCAUUUCCAUCCAGCCUGAAAAGGCCAGGAGAGUCAGGCCACCAGGGGGCGCCGGAGAACCACAGGAGAUCCAGGAAGCGCCUGCUAGGACCAAGCUCCCAGCUCCCAGGACCCCCAGGCCGGCAGCGGAGUCCAAGAGCUGGUGUGGCCCACAAAGGGUCGGAGAGCCUCUCAGUGAAAACAGUAGGGGCAGGAAAAUGAUCAGGUCAAGGGUCUCCCAGCUGGCAGAGAGGGCUCCCAGCAGAGUGAGUACUUCAUUCUCUAGGGCAGACCACGCCCACUGGAGGAAGGAAUGUACAUCCUGGGAGGCCUCUAAGCUCCCCAGACUCAAAUGCCAGCAGCCCACAUACUGGAGAAGAGGAAGCCUGGAAUCUACAGGGUGCAGAGGGGCUGGGCAGCAGCCUUCCUGCCAUUCUGCAGAACCUGUCAGCUUCAAAGGGAGGUUCCACUCUGCGGUGGCAAAGCUGGGCCUGACCCUUCUGGCCAAGAUGUCCUGGUCCCCACAGCUCGCCAAGCGCAAGCACUUGGCCCCUAACCUGAGCCUGAGGGAACCUGAUUCUACUCUGCCUCCCAAAGUGGGUGAUCCUCGUGCAGGGGACGACAGCAUCGGAGAUCACACUGCUUCACAGAGGGAUCUUCAGCCACAAGGUCACUGCUGUACUGGGGCCACCCUUCCUAAGACAGAGAGUCCCCAGGGCCAGGAGGCACCUGGGAACCCAAAUGGGGCUCCACAGAAUACACGAGCCUCCAAAAAGUUUAGUAUUAUGAAGCAUCUGAAUUUUUUUCUCUUCCAGCAUGGCUUUAAAAAGUAGACUCAGGCCCAGAGUCCUCAGGACAUAUCAGAAAAGCUUUGAGAGUGUCCUGAUCCCUGCAAAGCCUCUAAUAAAUUGGUCAUUUGGG